AUGAGUCGACACUCCACCCUUGCUUCCAUCAACAUCAGCUCGAGCGAUAGCUCAGACGGGAUGAGAGAGUGUGAAGGGAGUCUGGGCGGGGCUUUGGCCCGACGCAACCAACCAGCUGAGGCCUCUGCCCUAACGGAGGCCGAGGCGCCAGUCACAGCCGCCCCAGCCAAGGCGCCAGCCGCCGCCGCCACACGCAAGCUCUGGUGGAACCUUUUCAGAAUUUGCUACAUCAGCGCCGUCGCCGUCAGCUGUACCGUCGAGGACUCAAGUCUCGCCUUCGUCUUCGAGCGUGAUGCCUCGCCUCGCACGGCCGGCGCUCUUCUCGCCAGUGCUCGAGACGCCUGCGCCAACCUCGACUCCGAGCGGACGUGCUCUGCCGCCUCCGCCGGAGCCGAGCGAUCGACCAGCGCCUCUGCCGCCAGAGCUGUCGCCGUCGGCUGUACCGUCGAGCAAGGCGUCGCCACCGUCAACUUUGAUAGCUUUACCUCCGGCUCCGCGCCGCGCCUCGCGUCCGUCAAGGGCGACCUCGGCCUGCGCCCACGCGAACGCGCCGUCUCCGGCAUGCGCCCUCGCGCCCGCGCCUUCUCCGGCUCCGCGCCGCGCCUCGCCUCCGUCAAGGGCGACUCUCGAAUGCGUCGCGAUCUACGGUACAUCCCCGACGCCUUCAGCAUCGGUCCUGGGGGGGGCGUCUGA